AUGUCGUUUACUCUUGCUUUGGCCUUCUUGGCUAAGGCAUUGGCAGUUACAAACUUGUCGGCCAUUUCCUCAAAAAUUUCUAUGGAGCGGGUUGUCAUUCCUGGAGAGGGUUUGUUGAGGACGCUUACUAGCAUGUCAGUCAGCCAUACCUCGAGAAGUUUGUUUACAGCUGUGGGCGUCCCUUCUACUGCGGAUAUGGAGGCCCCUUUUCCACUGGAGAACAUAAAUGAGGAGAAGAAGUUGUGGAGAUGCUUGCCUUUAUACCGUGCAUUACUCAGAGAAAACCAGAGUGCUUUUGGAAAAGAAGCUAAAGCUCUCUCGAGAUUUCCCCCAGAUGUGACUAUAUGUAGGAAGGUAACAAGAGCUGGGGAUACUGGCCUUCACGUACUUGUUGGUGCUGGAAAGUGGUAUGAUUCUGUGAUAAGUAAGCCGAAAAGUUAUGCAUUAGAAGGAUUGGUUAUUCGUAACAACAAUGGUCAUACACCUCUUUGUGUGGCUGCAAAGGUUGGGAACAUGGAGGCAGCCAAGAAGUUGCUGCAACUCGAAACGGAAAUCCGGAGUGUGCGAGCGACUGACGACGAUACUGUUGGGCGGUAUCCGAUCAUAGAGGCUGCUAGAUAUGGCCAUAAGGAGAUGGUUUUACUUUUGAUUGGGGAUAUGGCCACAAAGAUGGCAGACUCCCCACCAACUAAAGAAUCAGCUGCUUCCACCUUUCUCCAUCUGCUAGUAGUAGCCGAAUUCUACGAUGUGCUGCUAGCUCUGGUUCGACGUUUUCCUGGUUUGGCCCGGGCAGAGUUUUAUGGUGACAAGGGUGAUGUAUCGCUUCUGAGUUUGAUGGCUGAGACACCUUCUGCAUUUCGGAGUGGGACUCAGCUCCCCUUUUGGCAGCGCUUACUUUAUUCUGUCUCACAGGCAAACUUAGAAAGCAGGUUAUCAGACAUUGAAAAGUCCUUUGUUGCAAAUCAGCCCUCAGUCACAACACCCUCAAUGGAAUUGCCACAGCCCGCUAAUGAGUUAACAUGGGAGUGUUUCGUGAAGUAUCCACACAAUUGUGUCAUCACAAUUCAAAUGUGGCUUGCUAGGAUGAUUAAUAUAGCAGCAAUAUUCAAGCACAUUAAGGAUAAAAAGUUAAUGCAUAAAGAGACUCUUGAUAUCGUGGAACGUCUUUGCAAGGAGCUUAUGAAAGAGUAUAACGCUAAGAAUAUUGAGCCAGUACUCAGAAAGGCAGUACUGUUGGCAGCAAGUUCAGGAAUUCCUGAAAUCAUAGAAGAAAUUGAAGAUUGCUACUCAGACGCAAUUUGGUUUGUUAAUUCUGAAAAUCAUAACUUAUUUCACCUUGCAGUAAUAAAUCGUUAUGAAAAGGUGUUUAACCUCAUAUAUCAGUUAAGUUUGUAUAAUCAUUUGGUAAUAACUGAUGAAGACACUUCAGGAAACAAUAUAUUACAUAUGGCUGGAAAAUUAGCACCUCUUAGCCGACUCAAUCUUAUCUCAGGUGCAGCUUUGCAAAUGCAGCGCGAACUUCAAUGGUUCCAGGAAGUUGAGAAGGAAGUGGAAAAGUUUGUUCAUCCAACUUUGAGGACAAAUAGAAACUCAUAUGGAAAAACACCAAAAAUGGUGUUCACUGAGGAACACAAGGAAUUGGUCAAAGAAGGAGAGAAAUGGAUGAAAGAAACUGCAAAUUCAUGCACAUUUGUGGCAGCCUUAACAGCAACGGUAGGAUUUGCAGCAGCCAUCACUGUGCCAGGAGGAAAUCAAAGCAAAGGUUUCCCAAUCUUCUCCAAAGAACCGGCUUUCACUGUUUUUGCAGUUUCGGUUGCAUUCUGUCUAUUCUCUUCUGUUGCCUCUGUGCUAAUGUUUUUGUCUAUCCUCACAGCGAGAUAUGCAGAAAUGGAUUUUCUUAGAUCUCUUCCAAAACGAUUAAUUAUAGGCCUCGGUACACUGUUUAUUUCAAUGACAUCUCUGAUGAUAGCAUUUGGUGCUUCAAUUUACCUCGUUUUCGGUCAGAAAAAUGGGUUGAUACUCAUUCCAGUAAUCCUCUUUGAGUCCUUGCAAUUUCGUCUUUUGCUGGAUAUAUGUAUGUCCACAUAUGGCCCAAGCAUUUUUCAUAAACAGAGCUCACGUUUACUCUACUAG